AUGGAGGUCAAAGACAUAGACAACUACUGUGAUCGAGGAAUCCACCCAAACUCUUCCAAUUAUCUCACUGCUCCAUUCGACGGACUCUGCCUACAGAAAUUUUUUUACCAACUGCAAGCAUCUCUCCGAAGAUUCAGUCAAUGGGAAGAAGUCCUCUAUACUACAGUAUACAUUGUCAUAUCUAUCGCAGCAGUUAUUGGAAACGGUUUGGUAAUACUGGCAGUGAUCAGAAAGAAAGCGAUGAGGACUAACAGAAAUGUGCUCAUUCUCAAUUUGGCUUUAUCAAAUUUGAUUCUUGCCAUCACGAACAUCCCAUUUCUCUGGCUUCCGUCCAUCGACUUUGAAUUUCCGUACUCUCGGUUCUUCUGCAAGUUUGCUAAUGUUCUUCCUGGUAGUAACAUCUACUGCUCAACAUUGACUAUUUCCGUCAUGGCUAUUGACAGAUACUACUCGGUGAAAAAGCUGAAAAUGACAUCUAACCGAAAACAGUGUUUCCAUGCUGUUCUGGUCUCAUUGGCUAUCUGGGUGGCGUCAUUCAUUUUGUCACUGCCACUUCUUCUCUACUACGAAACUUCGAUGCUCUACGUCAUGAGAGAAAUUCGUGUAGUAGAUCAAAAUGGGGAGGAAGUCAUUCGAAGUUAUGGGUGGAGACAGUGUCGACUGGUUUCUGCUGGAAGACUUCCUGACAUCACUCAAAGCAUUCAACUGCUCAUGUCAGUCCUUCAAGUUGCUUUCCUGUACAUCGUCCCACUAUUCGUUCUCUCCAUCUUCAACGUGAAACUCACCAGAUUUUUGAAAACCAACGCCAACAAAAUGAGCAAGACUCGAGCUCCACCAAAACGUGAUGAUCGAGCUGACAGCAAUCAAAAUUCUUUGAAGAACAGUAGCAAUCAGAACUCAUCUCUCCGUUCGCCAACUUUACCUUCUGUUAGAAACGCAAUUGUGGAGAGAAACACAACAAACAAGCGAACCAGCAGAACAACGUCUCUUCUAAUCGCGAUGGCUGGAAGCUAUGCUGCUCUUUGGUUUCCAUUCACUCUUAUCACAUUCUUGAUCGACUUCGAAUUGGUUAACAAUCAAGAAUACGUCAACUUGGUAGAGCGCAUUGACCAGACAUGCAAGAUGGUAUCCAUGCUUUCAAUCUGCGUCAACCCGUUCCUUUACGGAUUCCUGAAUACCAACUUCCGUCACGAGUUCUCUGACAUCUAUUAUCGCUAUCUCAGAUGUGAUUCGAAAGAUCAGCCUGCGGGUAGAUUCCAACAUGAUGUAUCUUCUAUCGCGCAUCAUAGGCAAGACUCCGUGUAUAAUGAUGACACAACUCUUCUUACCACUGGGCGGCAAAGUCUAGUUAAGGAUGGAGCAUCUUCUCCUCGAGGUUUUCGCUCAAGUAUUCGUGUAUGCUCCAGCCAGCUGAUCGGAGAUCGAAUUGUGUUGGAUGACGAUAUUGAGAAAGACAGCUUCGUUUAA